GCAUCGCGGGGAAGGAGGUGGCGAAGAGCUGGGUUUAGGCAGCAUCUCUUCACUGUACAUCUGCUGCUUUUGUCUUCUACGUGAAAUAAAAUGAGGCGAAAGAUCAGAAGGAAGGACAGAAGAGAAGCAUCGGGACGUGUGAUGUGUCAUCUGUAGAGAUCCAGAACAUUUCAUUAUUCAGCUCUGUGGACUGAAGGAGGAGAGAGAGACAUUCCUUCUGCUGUGGCGGUAUAUCUCGAUAAUGAUCAGUACUGUGUCAAGCUUUGUCUGUUGGUGAUCUCUGAUUGGUGGAUCCUGGAAUGUUCGGAUUGGUUGAGGGGACUAACAUGUUCUUAAUUAAGAGAGUGGACACAUCACAGACCAUAAUGUUUGAGGUGCGGAAGGCUUGACAUCACUCACCUCCCGACGGAACCAUGACAACGGUCAAACCAGACCUGUUCACUUCACCUCAAACGCUGAGCCCAUUCCCCGCUCUCCCCCUCACCACCUUCAUUCCCAUCCUCAGCACUUCUGUAGAACCUCCAACCCAAGCGGAGAACGUUACGUCCAGAACCAAUGAGACGGGCCUGAACUCCACAAAGCUGCCCACGGCAUCAGUGGAAGGUGCUGGGAUGGGCGUGGUCCUCGUACCCUUUGGCAUCAUCACGGUCAUCGGACUCGCUGUCGUCAUGCUUCUGUACAUCCGGAAGAAGAAGAGGCUGGAGAAACUCAGACAUCAGCUCAUGCCCAUGUAUAACUUUGAUCCGGCUGAAGAACAGGACGAUCUGGAACAAGAGCUGUUGGACCACGGCCGAGACGGAAGCCCAGCUGGACCAAACUCUAAAACUCUGAGCACAAGUCAAGGUACGACACAGAAACCCAGUCGACUGGUCUUUACAGAUGUGACCGAUGCCAUAAACGCAUGACAGAACCUCGGAUGAAACCUACAGUUGUUCCAGGAAUCAUGUUUAGAUUGACAUCAAGACACCGGACAGAAAGUGUGUCUAAAGAAACCUGAAGCUGUCCGAGCGUUCUUUUCCCAGCACUGUACAAGAAACCUUCAACGGUUUCACUCAUCACGACAGUUCUGAAAACACUCAUGAUUCAUUAUUACACUGCAACUGUACACACCGCUCGUUUGUGUGUCGUUUAUUCAUCCAUGGACGAAUCUUCUUUUCUUAAGAACCGCAUGUUCACAAUCUUCCCACGAUGACAAUGUAGACUUUUAAAUCAAAAGUUGUUAUGAUGUCAGAUGUAAAUGAUAUAAAGAUCUUCCGUUUGCUCGCAAACUCAAAAGAGAACUGAAAAUGGUGAGUCAGUUCAUCUGCUUUAUAAGACAGCAGUCUAUGUUUGAAUGAGAUCGCUUGUUUCCCAAAUCAGAAGUUUCUAAUUUUUAUGACAAUGAAGGAGGAAAUAAAGAUAUAUUUAAAUUA